AUGAAGACAGUUUCGCUUUUUGACCGUCCAGUAGAGAUUCGAGAUACUGAAGCAAAAGGUCGAGGUGUGUUUGCCUUAGAACCCUUACCUGCUCAUACCUGUAUUGAGGUUAGCCCGGUUUUGUUAUUUGAAAAGGAUCAAUAUGCUAACCAUGGACAAUACACUAUUUUAAAUGAGUAUACUUAUGUUUGGUCAAACGGCAGACAGGGAUUAGCCCUUGGGUUGGGUAGCAUGUUUAAUCAUGAUCGGUGUCCUAAUGUUUACUGGAAAAAGGACGAACCAAACCGCUGUAUAUCUUAUUUUACUUUGCGAGAGGUAUCUCCUUGUGAAGAAUUGUGUAUAUCUUACGGUGAGCAUCUAUGGUUCGACGAUGGCUCAACUUCUGACCAUAAUCACCAUGAUCCUUCUGAAGAGGAAAGUAGUUUUCUUCAAAACCUGCUUCUGUAA